AUGGUGGCCCCCAAACCCCUUGUGAAGCCCAAGAUCAUCAAAAAGAGGACCAAGGGCUGGGGAGAUAGCUCAAAGUUCAUCCAGCACCAGUCAGACCGACGUGGCCAAUUUCAGUGCAACUGGUGGAAACCCAGAGGCAUCGACAGCAGGGUACGGAGGAGGUUCAAGGGCCAGAUCCUGAUGCCCAACAGAGGUUAUGGAAGUAACAAAAAGACCAAGCACAUGCUGCCCAGCGGCUUCCGGAAGCUCCUGGUGCAGAACGCUAAGGAGCUGGAGGUGCUGCUGAGGUGCAACGAGUCUCACUGCGCAGAGAUUGCUCACAACGUUGCCUCUAAGAACCGCAAGGCCACCGUGGAAAGAGCAGCCCCGGUAGCCAUCCAGGUCACCAAUCCCAGUGCCAGGCUGCGCAGCGAGGAAAACGAGUAG